AUGUGGAACGGAAAACGUAGUCAGCGUUCGCGUCAUCCAAUCCUUAAGUCUAUUGUUUCUGAAACAAUAGAUAAAAUGACGGGAGCGAAGUUAGUGAUUGAUCGUUAUGGCUUGGAUGGUAACAGCCAAGAAUCCCAAGAAGAAAGAACAAGUGACAGCAUGGAACCGCGACUAGGUGACAAGCUUACAGUCCUCAUAAAUGAUAUCUCGAUUGCAAUGAGGAAUCGGAAAUACGCCCUUUACAGGGGCACUAUUUAUAAAAAGUGUGAAGGUGCCACUUACACCUACUCCUACAAGUGUGAUGUGAAGGCGUUUGUGAACAGUCUGGCUGCAAAUUAG